AUGUCAGGGACCGAUCCGCCUGCGCUGGACACUCCCAGUGGGAUGACGCCUGACUUUGACCAUCCGACAGACGUUCUCCGCACUAUUCUUCUCGUUACACAAUGUCUCUGUAUUCCAAUCGUUUCCAUCAUUGUCGUGCUUCGGUUAUAUGUGAGAAUUCGCUUCCAGCAGCAAUUGGGAGUGGACGAAUAUUUCAGCUUUGCCGCUUGGAUCCUUUUCAUGGCAUACUGCAUCAGUGCAAUCUUGUUGUCGAGCCAUGGCGGCGGUUGCUAUCAGUGGGAGCUGUAUAGAUCCGAGCUGGUGGGAUUUCUGAGGAUUUCCUAUAUUGCAACUCUAUUCUACGCUCCGAUGGCUCUCUUCGUCAAAGUCGCACUAUUAACCCUCCUAGCCCGCGUUUUCAAGCCAUACCGCAAAUGGGUCAUCUUGAUUCACAUCAUCCUUGGAGUUGUUUUGGCCUACUACGUGCCUGCCUUCAUCAUCAAAGCCCGCAUAUGCAGUCCCGUAUCGGCCUACUGGAACGGCACCGCGAGCGGCGGCUCAUGCCUCAACCAGGGCAGAGUCAUCGUGGCCGAUUCUGUCAUGAGUGUGGUGACCGAUUUGGCAAUUCUCAUCCUCCCCUUGCCACUGACCUGGUCGCUUCAGAUGCCGCUUGAGAAGAAGUUGAAAGUCAUGGGCCUUUUGAGCGCGGGAGGGCUUGCGACGGGGUUUAGCCUCUAUCGGUUGGUCAUGAUUGUGCAAGAUGGACAGUCCCCAGAUCAAACGAUGGUGUUUACUCGCGUUGUACUUACUGGUAAUGCGGAGGGCGCCGUCGGGCUGAUAUGUGCCUGUCUUCCGGCACUCAACGUCCUCAUUUCUCGUACCCACAAAGGAAGUUCAUACCUGGCGAAACCAGAAUCGCACAGUGGUUCACGAUUACAACUAAGAAAGAUCCGAGGAUCCAAGAGUGAUUACCGGCCUAUGGUAGAUAAGAACGUGGAGGAUGGAACUGCGUUUGGUUCAGACGAAAGAGUCUUGAUAUCGAAUGUCGCUGCAUCUUAUAGUGGUAAUGAUUUCUCUGAUCACACUUCAUUUGAUACCGGGAUCAUGAAAAGUGUCGCAGUUUCUCAGUCAGUUGAGGUGACGAACAAGUGA